AUAUUCCAGCUUCAAGCACAGGUGCUCUUGUUUUUUUCAACUAAAUCUUUCAUUAGCACUUACGAGUCGCAUCACUAUCAAUAUGUCUUCUACUGGGAAAAUGCUUGGUCUAUGCUGUCUUCUGUUCGUCUUCUGUCUUAUGACUGAGGCACGUCGAGGAGCUGUGAACAGAGUCCAUGCACCUCAGAAGCAAACCAUGGUCGACAUGGUACCCAUGAAUGGAAGCUCUUCAUUGUCCGGCAGUAUGAGUUCAGAAUCUAGCGAAUCAUCCGAAACCGACAGUGACAACGAUGUGGACACCGCCACCAACGACGCGGCCGCUCCCGCAGCAGGUGUCGGUGCUCCGGUUCAGGUCGCGGGCGGGAACCAAGUGGCCGGGAAUAUGCUACCCAACACAAGAGCUCGGGACCAGAAUGUGAUGUUCGGCAGGGCAUCUGGGAGUUCGGGACAGGCUGUUGGUAUUGCUGUCGCUGUCGUUGGUUUGGUGGCUGUGGUCGUGGCUGGAGCUGUCUUUGCAAUCAGGAGACAGAGACGUGCUAAUUUUGCCUGAUUCAAUCGGUACAUCAUUAAUUAGGUCAUUGCAUUCUCUAAUAAUCAUGAGACAGUUUUUUUUAUGAAAAUGCAUUCCUCUAUAAUGACAACUGAACGGCAAAUAAGUGCACAGAAACGAAUUUUAAAAAGGCUUAAUUUUAUGAUCAUAAUAAUUUAUAAUUGUUAACUUAUUUCCGACAAAUUUACAGUCAUUACCUUAUAUGAAAAUAGCAUUUUGUUUAAGCAUAAUUUAUGAAAAAUUGAAAUUAAUAUACAAGAAUGUAAGAUAUUCUGAUGUACAUAGUA